AUGUCUCCUCCAUCUCAACCUCAAGUCAAUGGCGGAUCGUACGCUGCGGUAGCCAAGGAGGGAAUUGAUCAUGACCACACGAACAAAGUAGUCAACAACACAACCGAGGCGGAUGGACUGAGAAAAAGAGACAGGGCUACCGUGCAAAGCGGAGCGUUGGGCGCUGCGCUGACUGGUGCGGUGCAAAAACAACGUGUGAGUGCAUGGUCGUGACAUCCUCGUUUGGGAUCUUGUUGCUGGGCAUGGUGCGCGGAUGACUUGAUGGUUGGUGAAUGCAGAACGCAUGCGGCUGCGAUCAGCGAACACGACGCGAGUGCUGGCGUGGUUGGUCUUCGACAGCAUCUCCUUGAAUGUACUCGGUCUGGCCUCCAGUCAUAGACCUCACGCUCCAGGCGAACGAACCUAACUAGCUUUCCCCUUACUCGCGCCUACUAGCGCCGACGCCUUCACGGCCCACCACCCGGAGCGGGCUUUGGUCCGAUGUACAGCGUGAUGCGCUUCAUCGGUGAAAGGUGUGCUGCCCACUUCUUCAAACGAGUAGAGAUCAUUGGAGGAGAAGAUAUACCGAAGGACGGACCCAUCAUUGUUUGCGCUACUCACUUCUCGUGAGUCUUUGCUCCGGUCAGCCAAGCGGGCCAUGAUGUCGAGCUCGUGUCUUGUGGUGGGAACGGCAGAAGGGAUCCAAUGCGCCUUUGCGAGUUUGUAUGCCUGACAUACCCGCCCACAUUGCGCAGCACUAUCAUGGAUGUGGCUCUAAUCUCGGCAUACUUGCCGCACCGUCGUCCAAUCCACUAUUGGGCCAAGAGGGGCUUGUACAAGCGUCAGCCUUUCAGGUGGAUUCUGCAUUCUAGCGGCAAUAUCAUGGUGGAUCGCAAGACAAAGGACAAUCAGGACCUGUUUGCCGGGACCUUUGAAGCCAUGAAAGCAGGAGAGGCUAUUGGUUUGUUCCCAGAGGGUGCGUUCUGUCUGACUCAAAUGAAGUCGUCUUGAAAAGCCAGAAGCUUAGAUCCAAUGAAUGUUCACCGCAGGCGGCUCAUAUACUGAGCAUCGAUUGCAUGGCAUGAAGGCCGGAGCUGCCUGGGCCGCUCUCGAAUUUGCCAAAGUGAGCCGGGAUGCGACAGAACUACUCUUGCCAGCCAUACUGACCUUCUGAGCCUCCACGUUCAAACACUUCUGCAGCAUCUCGUCUUGGAAGGCGCGGUCAAUCCAGCAAAGACAAAGCUGCUCAUCGUUCCCGCCUCUCUAAAUUAUACUGAAAAGAGCCGAUUCAGAGGCGACGCCAUCUUCCAGUGAGUGAGACUGCGUGGUGCUAAAACACUACAAUGCUUCGACGCUAGAAUGGAUCAGUAUAAGCAUCAAUCUCGCGCUAACGCCCACCAAUGCUUUCACUGAUGCAGAUACGGCAAAGCCUUCUCCAUCGACGACUUCACGCGCGAAUUUCUUGCUGGAGCAGCGCAAGAUCUGCAAGAGUCCUACUUUGCUCAACGAAGGUCAUCGGGCGACACCACUUCUGGCGCUGCUACUCCGGCGUUUCCCGGUCACUCUUUGAAGCUCGGUCUAGACACAGCCACAGCCUCUGGUCCGUCCGCGCCGCCCACACCCGGGCUCGGUGGGCCCACCACUGGAGAGCAAGAUGCCGCUGCAGCUGCCAAGCGGGCCGUCGCGAAGCUGACGGACAAGAUUGGAGAAGAGAUACACAAAAUGACCAUCGAUGCUCCCGAUUGGAAGACUUGGCAUGCCGCCAAAAUGGCAAGGGAGCUGGUCUGGUGGCGACCUGCCAUGGUGCCUCUCAAGGACUUUGUCGAAAUCACCAACGCGUGAGUUGCGACGCUAUGCUUGUUCCAAUGCGAAAUCCUGCUGAUAUACUAUGCUGCCGCGACAGAUUCAUCUCGCUGUUCGACUCUUCGGAGUCAGUUGCCGAGGAGGCGCUGGAUGCCUUGUUCACUCUGCAGGCCGUCUCUUUGGCAGCUCGAACAGAGGUGUUCACGCUGAACCACUUAGCACGGCGGAUGGCACCUGCAACAGCGCGGACCGGCUGGGGAUCCAACAGAGGUCAGCUAGAUGCCAGAAGAGCAGCGAGCGCUUUGCCCUCAACUUCAUCUGCUGCCAUUUUCGUGCUUGACGAGGCCUUCAAGCUGGCCCUUAGACUCCCUCACAUUGCCCUCAUGGCGGUAGUCUAUGCCCCUGCGUACAUUGUCGGAGCUAGUUUGAGCUUGAGAUACGCUAGUCACGAAGAAGAAAGCAUGGCCAGCGCCAAGGCUUUGUGGUGAGUGAGCUUUCUGCGAGAUAAGCACAGACACGGUUCGCUGAUCAACUUGUUGCAACUGCGCGACCUCUGCCGCAGCGCUUUUGUAAUUGCGUUCUUGACGCAUGCCAUACUGGUCACUAUCGUCGCUGCGCUAUUCCUCUUCACUCCACCAGGCUGGGUACUUGGGCUGGCGGCGUCCUGGAUGGUGGAGCGCGUGCAUCUGGCUCUCAUCGAUGAUACUUACUUUCGUUUCAAGAGGCUUCACGCCGGCGCUCGAGUCCUGUUUGCCACGCUUCCAUUCUCUGGCCCACAGCUUGGUCUCAAGACUCGAGAGGUUGCCAUUGCUCUCAGCGCGUAUGGAGACGGAUCGCCGGUGCAGCACACCUACCGCAAGGCUUUGCGACAGAUGGACAUGAAGAGGCCUCAGCCUACACAGCUGGUGGGAUUGGCUCUCGCUGCGCAUUCGGAAGCUGCAAAUGCGCUCAAGGAUCUGUUGGAUGCGGUCGAGAGGGAUGCGAAAGAGGAUGGAGAAGCUUUUUGGGCUAGCCAGAGGGAUGCGGCCGCUUUUAUUAGGGACCGCAUGCCCCUGCCCAGUGCUAGGCUGCGCAUCAAGAAGGCCUAG